AGAUAACAAAGGAACCAUGUAUUCCAACGUAUACUGUUUCAACCCGGACGGAAGUAGUGGUGCACAUUACAACACAAACACUGGACAGCGAGUGGGACGUUGAAUGUGGGAGCACGUUGGAGGGUAAUUUAUUUCCAUUGUGUUAUCGCGGAUCGAUAGCAAGCCAUGCCUACUGUGGUCUUAAUGGACGUGUCUCUGUCCAUGACACGGCCAGUGUCGCUGGAUGGCAGCGAGGACUUUCAAAGGAAGAACCUCGCUGUCCACGGACUUAAUAUGUUGUUUGAACACAUGGCCUCAAACUACCGCUUGGAGUUCACAACACUGAUGGCAUUUUCUUCUCUCUGGGAGCUUUUGGUGCCUUUCACCAGAGAUUACAAUGCAUUACAGGAGGCUUUGAGCACCCUUGAAGACUAUGACAAGACCUGUGUUGAGUCAGCUCUUCAAGGGGUUAGUAACGUGGUACAGCAGGAGUGGGGCAGUGCCUGUCCCUGUCAGGUGGUGCUAGUUACUGAUGGAUCUCUGGGUAUUGGAAAGGGUUCUCUACGUCACUCCCUGCAAACACUAAAGCAGCGUGGGGAUGACAAAAAGUUUCCACUUCCUUUCCCUUUCCCUUGCAAGCUCUACAUCAUGUGUGUAGCCAAUGCAGAGGAGCUACAGAUGACAGAUGCCAUGGACAAUUUGGAGGAGCUGCUUCGUCUCAGUGGAGGUGAUGGACAGAUCUUCACUAUGGAGGGACCCCUUUGCAUGAAGAGUGUACAGGCCAUGUUUGGGAGGCUGAUUGAUCUUGCGUACUCUCCUUUCCAUGCUGUCCUGCACUGUGGGAACCUGUCCUCAGAUGUUCAGGUGUUCCCUCGACCCGAGCCUGUUGUGAUUGAUGAAGAGGUGGAGCCCAUACCUCGAGCAGUCAGUACAGAUUUGGAAAUUGUGGGUUUCAUUGAAAUUGCUGAUAUUUCCAGUCCUCCUGUUAUAUCCAGACACUUGGUACUGCCUAUUGCUGUGAACAAAGAGGUGGAUGACGUUGGCACAGGAGCUACAGAUGAGCUUGAGGAGGAACCUUCUGCCAGUCAAAUGGCAGGCAAAAGUCCAAAUUUUUGUGUGCUCUUACAUGGCAGUCUCAAAGUUGAGGGUAUGGUGGCACUGGUCCAGCUGGGGUCAGAGUGGUAUGGCAUGCUGUACUCACAAGCAGACAGCAAGAAGAAAUCAAACCUGAUGAUGUCUGUGUUUGAGCCUGGUCCAGAACCUCUGCCUUGGCUGGGCAAGAUCUCACAUUUGGGACCAAUAUCAGAGGCUGUUGAAAAUCCCUAUGGAGAGGAUGACAGUAAAAGUCCGUUUCCUGUGCAGCCCCAGGUCAAACGAAGCUAUGCCCAAAAUGUUACAGUGUGGAUAAAGGCCAGUGGAUUACAGACUGAUGUGCAGAAGAUCCUGAGGAAUGCAAGGAAACUGCCAGAUAAAACUCAAACCUUCUACAAGGAGCUGAACCGUCUCAGGAAGGCUGCCUUAGCUUUUGGUUUCUGGGAGCUCCUGAAGGGGGUGGCUGACCUUCUGGAGAGAGAGUGCACCCUGCUGCCGGAUUCGGCCCAUCCAGAUGCUGCUUUCCAACUCUCCCAUGCUGCGCAGCAACUCAAACUGGCCAGCACUGGUGACUCCCAGUAUGCUGCUUUUGAUCACAACAUUGCUCCCAUGCACACUGACUUCUCAAGCUGAGCUCCGUCUGAAUUAGUUAAAAUGGACUGAUGUGAAGCAGCUUCAGCCUGUGUGGACCAAGGUGGAGACAGCAGCUGUGUGCGCUGAAUGUUGUUUAAAGAACUCGGAAACCUGACUUACACUUCCUCUUUGACGCUGCCUACACAAGGCAAAACAUACGUAAUAAGGUGUUUGUAAGAUGUUCAUGUAUAUAUAUGUAUAUUUUUUAC